AUGAUUUCAAACAUAAAUUCUGCAUACGAACGCCAUGAUGCUGGAGGUGUCCCUACUACCUUGACAGAAGUUCCACUAGCUGCUUCCUCACUUUAUCCAACCACUUAUAAUUGGGGAGCUCAUGGGGAACCGCAACCAGGUUUUUGCUCAGGCUGUUUGGACAAAGGAGCCAGUAGUGGCCACGGAAAAGGCUUAGGGGGAGGCUCUAUCAUCAAUCUUAUGAUAUUUGUCAGAGGCAAUGAGGGGGAUUAUAAUAAGUGGGAAGAAAUGGGUAAUCCUGGUUGGGGGUAUAGAGAUGUGCUGCCUUACUUCUGCAAACUAGAAGACGCCUCAAAUGUUGCAUGGAACGAUUCUCAAUAUCGCGGAACAGGAGGACCUCUGAGCGUUAGCAGUGUUUCUUACAGAACAAAAUUGACAGACGUUUACAUAGAGGCUGCACAACAAGCUGGCUACCCCUACGUAGACUAUAAUGGCAAGCAGCAAAUAGGGAUAUCGCAUAUGCAAGCGACCCUACGAAACGGAAUGAGAUCAAAUGCAGAAAACUCUUACCUUCGUCCAAGUCGACAGAGACAGAAUUUGAAGAUACGUAUAGGUGCUUACGUAACAAAAAUACUGAUAAAACCUGACACGAAAGAAGCUUAUGGCGUAGAGUACAAGAAAAAUGGCAUACCAGUCAUCAAACCACUUCCAGUUGGUGAAACGAUGUACGAUCACGUGGGAUUUGCAGGAGCUAUGUUCCUCUUAAAUGAGCAUAUCGGUUGCGAGAAUUUAGCUUUUGACUCUGAUGAGUACUGGGAGUGUGCAAUCCGAUCCAUGCCAUCAUCCACGUGGCACCAGCAAUGUGCCUGCAAAAUGGGACCAGAGACAGAUAAAGAGGCGGUCGUGGACCCAAGACUUAGGGUGCAUGGGAUCAAAAACCUGAGAGUGGUCGAUGUCAGCAUAUUUCCUACGACGGUAGCAGCACACACUGUCGGUCCAGCUUACAUGGUUGGAGAAAAGGCUGCUGAUAUUAUUAAGGAAGAUUGGAAUGCAGCAUCAAAUUAA